CUCCACCUUGCAACUCCGCAGAGAUUCAGGCAAUCAGACUGGGCAUGCUCAGCGGCGCGGGCAGCCUCCAGUGCUUCCCAGGCGCGCCUCUGCACUGGGCAGGGACCCGCGCGCCGGUUCCGCCCAGGGGCUUCAGCGUCCACUCCUGAGGAGCUCAGGGGUCCGGGUCGCACCCUGAGGAUAAACUGCGCCCUUAGCAGGGUCAUCCUCCAUCUCCAGCCUUCUGAGGGUUUAGAGAGCCUAGAAAUGUUCCUGGUGGAGGGGCUGUGUUGCCACCUGUCUUUCCUUUGCAGCUGAGGGUGUUUGCUCUAGCUACUGCGGCGUGAGGAGCUCAGGGAUGGAGCCCUGUGGCUGGUGGCCGUGGAGAUCACCUUCCCAGUGCAGCUGUUUGUCACUGAGUUUUGGAGAUUUCUUGGCCAGCUUCCGCUAAAGCACGCUUGAGUAAUCCGAGCUGUGGCAGCGCCCAAGCUCACAGGAUAAAGAGAGAGAGAGAGAGAGAGAGAGAGAGAGAGAGAGAGAGAGAGUGUGUGUGUGUGUGUGUGUGUGUGUGUGUGUGUGUGUAGGGGAGAGGGCGGGGAUAAAAACGUCAAUCCCCCCCCCAGCCCUCUUUUCUUUUUCCCCUUCCUGCAAAACAAGUCUUCCACCCCCUCCCCUUUCCCACCAGCCAUCCUUAGAGCUCUGGGCCACAGCCAGGUUAAGCCCAUUUGCACUGGGAAACUGGCGCUGUUUGGAAGAAGAGAAACGGAUCGAUUGCCCUCGUGACUCCCAGCCCCCCACCCCGCCCCCACCACCGCGCCCUCCCUCCCUCGGCCCUCCCCCGCCACCCCUCACCCCGCCUCCUUCCCGCUCCCCACCCCCAGACCUCUCGCCCUGGCAGUCCGGUGCGAGGCCCCCUCCGGAAGGUGAGGGGAAUGGACUGGACUCCAGUGGGCAGAGCGGGUGUCUAGAAGUGGUGCUAAUGGGAAGCGGUUCCUGGCUCCCAAAGAGGAUGCUCUGCCACAAAGAGCGGCUGGCGCGCUGGCCUGGGCUCUAGCCGCGCGGAGAUCCCGGAGGAACUCCGGAGCGGGGCGCUCCGCGGAGGACCCGCUCACCAUGCCCGUCCGCAGGGGGCAUGUGGCACCACAAAACACAUUUUUGGGGACCAUCAUACGGAAAUUUGAAGGGCAAAAUAAAAAAUUUAUCAUUGCAAAUGCCAGAGUGCAGAACUGUGCCAUCAUCUACUGCAAUGAUGGGUUCUGUGAGAUGACUGGUUUCUCCAGACCAGAUGUCAUGCAAAAGCCAUGCACUUGCGACUUUCUUCAUGGGCCUGAGACCAAGAGGCAUGAUAUUGCUCAAAUUGCCCAGGCGUUGCUGGGGUCAGAGGAGAGGAAAGUGGAAGUCACCUACUAUCACAAGAAUGGUUCUACUUUCAUUUGUAACACUCACAUAAUUCCAGUGAAAAACCAAGAGGGUGUGGCUAUGAUGUUCAUCAUUAAUUUUGAAUAUGUGACGGACGAGGAAAACGCUGCCUCCCCAGAGAGGGUAAACCCAAUAUUACCAGUCAAAACUGUAAACCGGAAACUUUUUGGGUUCAAGUUCCCUGGUCUGAGAGUUCUCUCUUACAGAAAGCAGUCCUUACCACAAGAAGACCCUGAUGUGGUUGUAAUUGAUUCUUCUAAACACAGUGAUGAUUCAGUGGCUAUGAAACACUUUAAGUCUCCUACAAAAGAAAGCUGCAGCCCUUCUGAAGCAGAUGAUACAAAAGCCUUGAUACAGCCCAGCAAGUGUUCUCCCCUGGUGAAUAUAUCUGGACCUCUUGACCAUUCCUCUCCUAAAAGGCAAUGGGACCGACUCUACCCUGACAUGCUGCAAUCAAGUUCCCAACUGACCCAUUCCAGAUCCAGGGAAAGCCUCUGUAGCAUCCGGAGGGCAUCUUCAGUCCAUGACAUAGAGGGAUUCAGUGUCCACCCCAAAAACAUUUUUAGAGACCGACAUGCCAGUGAAGACAAUGGUCGCAAUGUCAAAGUUUCACGUUCCUGGAUGGCAGGGGGGCCUUUUAAUCAUAUCAAGUCAAGCCUCCUAGGCUCCACAUCGGAUUCAAACCUCAACAAAUACAGCACCAUUAACAAGAUUCCACAGCUCACUCUGAAUUUUUCAGAUGUCAAAACUGAAAAAAAGAAUACAUCGCCUCCUUCUUCGGAUAAAACUAUUAUUGCACCAAAAGUUAAAGAGCGAACGCACAAUGUGACAGAGAAAGUUACCCAGGUUCUUUCUUUGGGAGCAGAUGUCCUGCCUGAAUAUAAACUGCAGACACCACGCAUCAACAAAUUUACAAUACUGCACUACAGCCCGUUCAAGGCAGUGUGGGACUGGCUUAUUCUGCUAUUGGUUAUAUACACUGCAAUAUUCACGCCCUACUCCGCUGCCUUUCUCCUCAAUGACAGAGAAGAACAGAAAAGACGAGAAUGUGGCUAUUCUUGUAGUCCUUUGAAUGUGGUAGACUUGAUUGUGGAUAUUAUGUUUAUCAUAGAUAUUCUAAUAAACUUCAGAACAACAUAUGUCAAUCAGAAUGAAGAAGUGGUAAGUGACCCUGCCAAAAUAGCAAUACACUACUUCAAAGGCUGGUUCCUGAUUGACAUGGUUGCAGCAAUCCCUUUUGACUUGCUGAUUUUUGGAUCAGGUUCUGAUGAGACAACCACAUUAAUUGGUCUUUUGAAGACUGCUCGACUUCUUCGUCUUGUGCGAGUGGCCAGGAAACUGGAUCGAUAUUCAGAAUAUGGUGCUGCUGUUCUCAUGCUCUUAAUGUGCAUAUUUGCUCUGAUCGCUCACUGGCUGGCUUGCAUUUGGUAUGCAAUUGGGAAUGUAGAAAGGCCAUAUCUGACAGACAAAAUUGGAUGGUUGGAUUCCUUAGGACAACAAAUUGGGAAACAUUACAAUGAAAGUGACUCCAGUUCUGGACCAUCCAUUAAAGACAAAUACGUCACAGCACUUUAUUUUACCUUCAGCAGUUUAACCAGUGUAGGAUUUGGAAAUGUGUCUCCUAACACCAAUUCGGAGAAAAUCUUUUCAAUUUGUGUCAUGUUGAUUGGCUCAUUAAUGUAUGCAAGCAUUUUUGGAAAUGUUUCUGCAAUUAUCCAAAGACUGUAUUCGGGAACUGCCAGGUACCAUAUGCAGAUGCUGAGAGUCAAAGAGUUCAUUCGCUUUCACCAAAUCCCUAACCCUCUGCGGCAACGGCUUGAAGAAUAUUUCCAGCAUGCAUGGACUUAUACUAAUGGCAUUGACAUGAACAUGGUCCUAAAGGGCUUCCCAGAAUGCUUACAAGCUGACAUUUGUCUACAUCUCAACCAGACUCUGCUACAAAACUGCAAAGCUUUUCGAGGCGCAAGUAAAGGUUGCCUGAGAGCUCUGGCAAUGAAGUUCAAGACCACUCAUGCCCCUCCAGGGGACACCCUUGUUCACUGUGGCGAUGUUCUGACGGCACUAUACUUCUUGUCCCGAGGUUCCAUCGAAAUUCUUAAAGAUGACAUCGUGGUAGCUAUUCUCGGAAAAAAUGAUAUAUUUGGUGAAAUGGUUCAUCUUUAUGCCAAACCUGGAAAGUCUAAUGCAGAUGUAAGAGCUCUCACAUAUUGUGACUUGCAUAAGAUUCAGCGAGAAGACUUGCUAGAAGUUUUGGAUAUGUACCCAGAGUUUUCUGAUCACUUUCUAACAAAUCUAGAAUUGACUUUCAACCUAAGGCAUGAGAGUGCAAAGUCCAUGAAUGAUUCUGAAGGAGAAAACUUUAAACUACGAAGAAGGAGAUUGUCCUUUGAAAGUGAAGGAGACAAAGAUUUUGGCAAAGAAAACAGUACAAAUGAUCCUGAAGAUUCUACGGAUACCAUAAGACAUUAUCAGAGUUCCAAGAAACACUUUGAAGAGAAAAAAAGUAGAUCGUCAUCUUUCAUCUCCUCCAUUGAUGAUGAGCAAAAGCCACUCUUCUCAGGAACAGUAGAUUCUACUCCAAGAUUAGGGAAAGCAACGGGGCUUCAGUUUGAAGAGACAAUGCCCACCUCAGGAAGAAUGCACACAGAUAAAAGGAGUCACUCUUGCAGAGAUAUCACUGGCAUGCAAAGUUGGGAAGAACACCACACCAGAACUCAGCCUGAAGAGUGCAGUACCCCAGCACUUCAGCAAACUGCCUGGGGGACCUCUGAAACUGAGAGCGACCUCACCUAUGGGGAGGUGGAACAAAGGUUGGAUUUGCUUCAAGAACAACUUAACAGACUUGAAUCCCAAAUGACAGCAGACAUCCAGACCAUCUUACAGCUCUUGCAGAAACAAACUACUGUAGUGCCUCCAGCCUACAGCAUGGUAACUGCAGGAGCAGAGUAUCAGAGACCCAUCCUUCGUUUGAUGAGAACCAGUCACCCCACAGCAUCCAUUAAGACAGACCGAAGUUUCAGCCCCUCUUCACAAUGUCCUGAAUUUCUAGACCUUGAAAAAUCUAAACUUAAAUCCAAAGAAUCUCUCUCAAGUGGGGUACAUCUGAACACAGCUUCAGAAGACAACUUGACUUCACUUUUAAAACAAGACAGUGAUGUCUCUUUAGAGCUCCACCUGCGGCAAAGAAAAACUUACUUUCACCCAAUUAGGCAUCCCUCCUUACCAGAUUCUUCCCUAAGCACCGUAGGAAUCUUGAGUCUUCAUAGGCAUGUUUCUGAUCCUGGUCUUCCAGGAAAAUAAUCAUUUUGUACUAUUUAUUCCACGUACAAUGUAAGUGCUUUUAAUGGCUGUUUUCCUUUUUGUAUUUAAAUUCUCUACUCGACUCAGGGGCUCACAAGUUACCAUUAUAUGCAAAAGUACUGUAUAUUUUCCUAAAUUGAAGCUUGUAAGGUAAAAUUGAGCAGUUAGACUGUAAAUAUACAUAAGAAUUUUUGUUUACAAAUGUUAAAACUGCCAGCAUCUCUAGGCAUCUUAUUUUUUGUUUUUAUUUUCUAAAUCAUGUGCAUGUCAGGAAACUCCAAUUCCUCUUGCAUGGAGAGUCCUAUUCAUUGCUUUUAAUGAGCAAGUACUUUGCUGUGAAGAUGCCUUCCAAGCAAAUAGGAACCAAGGAAUAAAACUAUUCACAGAUACAACUCAGAUGAUCCUGAGUUUGCAGAAGUUCAAUGCGAGUGAAGGGAACUUACUCUUGAGAACAGAUAUUCUUCCACAUUGAGAUUUUUGUAUUCAGUUACAUUUAUUUCCCCAUACUGAUAAAAAUACAGAGUCUGAGAUUUAUAAAUCUCAGAUAGAAAAGGAAGCCAUCUCUAAAUAUAGUGAAGAAAAAAUAAGUUUUCUUUAAUCUGCACAAUCUGUAGAGGGAAAAAGAGGAGAUCAAGUGAAAGAUAAUUGGGUUUGUUAAUGAGUGCAAUGCACCUCACAUGAGAGAAACCCCUCAGUUCUAAAGUAACUCAGCCCAAUGGCUUGGUAGCUCAGCUUAUGUAAGACUUUCAACAAAGAGCAAUACAUUUUAGAAAAGUGACAGGACAAAGAAGAAAGCAGUUCAGGCUUCCAAAUGUGGGGAAACUGUGGGAAGGCAUAGGUCUGCUCCCGGAUUUCUCUAGGCCUGCAGUGUCUCAGCUAAAAAGCAAUCUGUUGCAGAGGACAAUUUACAUCCUUUAGUCAGGAAAGUGGGAGGAAUAUAGAAAGACUUUGUCUUUGUGCAUCUUUGUCCUGCUUUUAGGCAGGCACACUGCAGAGGCUGGAAGCUUUACUGCAUUUUUAUUGUUUUCAGCUAAACAAUCCUUCAUACACUGGGGAGAAAUAUUUUGGUUUUCUUCAACAUGAAUAUAGGCCAACAUUAACGAAAGUAAAAUGUCAUUAAAAUCUUGGCACUAAUUGUGUUUUCAAACUAUCUAAAAUUUCUUACACAUUUCCUCAAAGGCUAAAACAAAAUGUACUUACAUGUGCACGUGUGUGUGUGUGUGUGUGUGUGUGUGUGUGUGUGUGUGUGUAGCUCUCCUAAAGAAUUAUUAAAAUGCAACAGACACGAACUGAUAUCCAUAGCUUCCUUCCUAUGCAUAUUUCAGAGAAAUCUUGAAUUUGAUUAAAAUAGGAACAUAGUUUUUAAUGAAUGUGCAGUUUCAAUGGAUUUGCAUGGUAAAACAGCCUAUCAAUAAGUAUAUGCUGUACUCCAGCUUUCUAAUCCCAGGUGUGUAUUUACCACUCAAAAAGAAAACAAACACACUUGGAGUAAAAUUUCAAUUUUUUUUUGUUAUUCAGACAUUUUUAUUGAUUGAAAUUUUAUUACAUAUGGGCAAAUUUUAUUAUAUAUGGGCAAGACUGGAUACAUAUUGGCUUUAAAAUAUUAGAAUAUGUUCAGCUAUUUGGUCUGGGAACAUAAAAUCAGUGUACAGAAAAACACUAAAAGUUAAAGAUUCUGAUGAGUCAAGUUCUACUUAAGAAAUUUUAUUUUCAAUUUUAAAAUUUUAAAAUUUCUAAUUUUAAAAUUAUUACAGAUUCAUUAUAUCACUUCUGUACAAAAUUUUUGAACUUCAUUGGAAGUAUCUUAGUUCUUUAUUAUCUCACCAACAGCUUUAGAGAAAUAAUUUAUUUAAAUUUACAAAAAAACUUUCACUAUUUAAAAUGUUAUUAAAAUGACCUUAAAUUGCUCCCAGUGUAGUUUGAAUUGGUCACAGAAAUUGUUAACCAAUAUAGGAGGCAAUCUAUAGACAUGAACAUGUUCUUAUCUCUAAUUUUUUUAAAAAAUGUCAUCAAAUAUGGGGAAUAAAACAUAAUUCAGUGAAACCAUAAUUAAAUUCAUAUAAUAAUUAAAACCCUUCCCUAAGCAUUUAUUGUUAUGCAGAUAAAAAUUGAGGAAGUAAUGGCCAAUUUCAACCCUUCAUUCAACACUGGAUUCUAGAAGGGGAAAGAGUCUUAUAAAUGGCUAACUUGGAUUCUGAGGUCGAUUUAGGGAUUUUAUUUCCACAUUGGGGCACAUUUUUGCAGCUGCAACAAAUUUUAUAAGGAUUGUCUGUCUAAGCUCCAAGCACUUUCAGAAUGAAUUCACCAGAGAUUGUCAAUUUGUAGGGAGAUAGAAUUUGGCAGGUGAGGAAUUAAGAUCUGAUUGUUUGAUUACUAAAUGCUUCAGCUGCAACAUUUGGUAUGCCAUGCAUAAAAUUCAGCCUUCUACAUAAAACCUUUAUUUAUAAAAAUAGCAUUCAGGAAAAAGAAAGAUGGAGAAUAGAAUAUAAGCAACCAUCUUCUAUAAAUUCUAACAUAACAUAAAUCUUUUGUUGUUGUUGGUCCUUGAUAUAAAAUGAUUGCUUCAUAUUAAAAUCUUAAGUCUCAGUGAGUUGGACAGGAUUAUAAAGGUCCUUUCUUACUGAAUAUUAGCUUUAAAAGAUCCUGAACAAGAUAGAAGUGCUUAGUUUGGCAUAAAUGUCAGAAGACUCAAUGGUUAAACUGAUUUAUAGAUGACCAAAGCAAUUAUCUUGUUCCACAAAACACAUUCCCUUGCCCAGCCAAAGAUCUAAUGCCUAAAACCAUCAUAACCUUUCUAUCAUCUGAAGAAAGCCGUCUGACACCUCCAUCCUGGGAUCCUGCUGAAGGCCAGGUCUCACUGUUGCAGCCACUCAAAAUAGCAUCACAGCAACUACUUUCCUUCACGGUAGUCAGCAGCACUAGUAUAACUCCUAUUCACUUUCCAGUGUUACCCGGUUCCCUACCAUAAAUAAAAUGCCAGCUAAAUCUAAAAUUUGUGUAGUUUGGAGGCACUCCUGUUAAUUCGUUGCCAACCAGAGAGCUGAUAUGUAGACUGAUUGUUCCCACAGGGGUAGUGUUGAAUUACAGUUGAGAAGACAAUGAGGAAUAAAAAAAUGCUGAAGCAGUGUUUCACAGAGGUUUUAAUUUAAUAAUCACUAACAAACAUAGGAAAGGAGGAGGAGGAAGACUUGGUACUGCAUGAUUUGUUAUGUACAUUUUAGUGGUUUGGUAUGUAAGCUGAAUUUUCCUACUCUUGUCAGGAUGUAUGGCAACUAAAUCAGAGUAUGGUAGCAGAAGGAGUCAGAUUUUUAAAUUUUAUUUAUUUAUUAUUUUCUGGAGUUUUGCUCCAGGAACUGGCUUUAUACCUGUGCUACACCCUAGGGGGAAUCAGGUUUAAUAUAUGUAUCGGAAUUGCUUACAAGUUUUUUAUGGAGGUUGAUCUUCAGUGAUUGUUUCAAAACUCCUAGAAGAAAAAUGUUCUGACAUAAAUGUCAUUUAAAAAUCCUAUCAAACAGUACUAGCUCAAAAUAAAAUUUAUUUCCUAAGCAUAUUUAAAAUAUUAAUUAUUAUUAACAAGUGUCUUCUGAAAGUUUUUACGUUAAAGAAAUUCAGUGAUUGACCAGUUAUCAGAGAUUAAUUAUAACAUUGACUAAUUUAUAAUUAAUUUAACAUAGUGGAGUCUUUAAAUUGCAAAUCCAUGAGGAAAUCUAAAAGUACAUCAAUAUAUGUUAGCUUUCUUACAAAUCAAGCAUUGCAUAAUUAUAAAUUCAAGUAUUUCUAAUCAUUUUUAUAGUAAAACAGAUAGGUCUAUCAUAUGAGUUCCAAAUGCCCUUGGAAGACAGGCUAAUGUGAGACAGUCGACCUUAAAAUGUGGUUCUUAAAUUAACAGUGCUAGCAUCACCUGAGAAUUGUUCUAAAGACACAUUCUUAGCCAAACGUCUGGAUCUACUGUAUCAGAAGCUUUGGGGUUUGGACCCAACAAAUAAAUUUUAACAAACUCUCUCCCACAUGAUCCUUCCAUACAUGAAAAAUUUGAUGCCAGCAGGUGGAAGGGCAAAGUGGCCUACAGUCAGACUAACUUCAUCUCCACAAGAUUCAUUCAUUAACCUGCUGUGUGACCCUGAAUGAAUUUACCUCCCAUAAUCUGUUUUCCUGAAUCUAUAAAGAAGUGAUGGUAGUACUCACCUCACAAGAUUGAAGAAGAAAUGAGAUAUAAAGUGCCUAGCACAUAGUAGGUACUCAAAAAGUCAGACUGUUUUUCAUUCUGGAUGAUAGUGAAAACAAUCAGGAAUAUGUACUUCCACAGUUUAGCUUUUGCACAAUGUGCUGUCUUCAGUUGAAUAGCUGUUAUCAAGAUUGAAGUUUUUGAAUCAGAAAACGUAAGUGUAGGUAUUAUCAUAUCCAUAUUUAUUGUAAUUUGCACUACAACAAUCUUCAACUUAUGAAUACUAGAGUUGCAAAUUCACAAAUAUGAAUGGACCUCCAGUUCAUUCAUAGAUGUAAACAAAUUGUGGAAAUAGCUUAUGGGUCUACUAGACAUUGUCACAGUUGUGCUGCUGUGUUUACUGUAUAAUGUGAUAGUGUACAAUAUAGUACAGUGCAGAGACUUACCGUAUUUUUGUGGGUUUGCUUUAUGCUUUACUUGUGUAUUUGUGUCAAAGUCUGAUUUACAAAUGCAACUAUUUUGUAAGUCAGAAACUUACUUAUUGUUUAUGACCUUAAAGUGAUACUAUGUAAAGAAACAAUAAUGAAGGUAUAGAUCUCAUUGUUAAAAUCUAUCUACUAUGAGUUGAUGUUAAACUUCAUGUAUACAAAGGUGAUGUGUCCACUUCAGUACUAUUAGAAUGUAUUUUAUAAACAUUGGCACACUGUGGAAGUUCCUUUGUUACACAUGAUAUAGUUCUCAAAGGGACAUUUGAAAAUAUAUUUACAAAAUACAAUUUUGAAAGUGCACUAUUUUCACAUAAAAAAAUAGAAUUUUGCAGUUGUAAAUGGCUUUUUCCAGGCACCUAUAUACACUCUGUCAUUGCACAGAUACAUUUUACAGAUCUUCAACUGCCAAAGCUCUUAUGCAGAAUGGUAGAAAUGACAAAUGAGGCCAUGUGUUAAGCAAAUGGAGGUGUCAUCUGAUAUAUCUUGAAAGUGUUGCAGAUCCUCUCAAAUGUAAAUACAGAAGUGCUUUGUGAAUUAUGGAGUACAGUAGAACUCACAUAAUGUUUGGUAGCCCAAUAUCACCACUCAAGAUCUAAGAAGCUCCCAUUGUUUAUUCUUCGAUCCAAUGCUCCCAAGGCUUCUUAAAUUCUGGAAUGAAAAUCUAUAACAUGACUCACACACACCUUCCAAGGAUCUAGUUGCACAAAAUAGGAGAAUGUCAGUGGCAGGGAACUUUUCUGUAUUUUCUCAUCCUGACCUAAAAGUCAAAUAUUGUCUUUUUCCAGCAUACACAAAAUUGCACAUUGACAAUGCAGUUGUUUUCAAGGUGUGACAUAGUUUCUCUUCCUUUCUCCUUUAUAGGUCUUUUCACACAAAGCUAUUUUCUUGUCAUCCUACUUAUAAUGAACUGAUAGUAACCUUUAAAAACUAAAAGGUUCAUAUUUUAAAUGCUUUAUAAAGUAUUAGAUAUUAUGAUGGAUCAGUGGCCAAGAAAAGAAAAAUUUAUCUCAUUCUUUUGUGGAACAAAUACAUUUGGCUUUAAUGUCCAAAACAGAAAAGAAAAUUCACAGAGGACAUGAAUAAAUAAUUGACAGUAUAAGAAGAAAUUACUGUAAUUAUUUAUAUAGAAUAUUUUGUGGAAGUUCAGAAAACCAGAAGUUGUUUAAAGCUAACAGGUUAUUACUAUGAAUAUAAGAACUGAACAUUGAUAGAAAUGCAAUAUACAUGGAAUCAUAUAAUCAAUUGAAUUUUAUUGCUCAAUCAUAAUCAAAUUUCUAAAUAGCAAGAUUACAGAAAUGUUCCAUAAAAGUUAUUAUGAAGAGUGGCAGUAUUAAUAUUGUUAUGCUUGCAAAGAUAAUGUGCAAAAAUGAUGAAGUUCUACAUUGUACUCAUGCUAUCUGUGGCUUCAAUUUCUAUUUUGAAAAAUGUUAAAUAAUUUGAUAUGCCUGUGGUUUUAAAGCAUUAUGUUUGACCUAUACUAUUUGUGUAUCCUUUGUGUACAUUUUGUUUUUAACUGAAAAGUCACAGUUGUGAGCAUUUUAGCUGUAAUAUAUAUGUAUAUAUGUAUGUACAUAUAUAUGUAUAUAUGUAUAUUUCAUAUAUAUAUAUAAAUAUAUAUAUAUGAAAAGUCCACACCAAUUGCAUCUUCCUUAUUUAGAGGUAAAAUUUAAGGAUCAUUAAUCUUAUAACGAACUCUCUCAUAGUCUCAAGUGCUCAUAUGAUUAUAAAGCUUUGAAAUGAUAUGGCACCUUUCUUCCAAAUGUUAAAGAAAUAAGGUAAAAAUAUGGAGAAAUCUUGUAUUGCCUAGGCAUCUACUGAAUUUAAUUAAAAAUUCAUUACCUCCUUUUAGUUGAAAUUUUCAUUUUAUAAUUUUUAUGAGAAAAUGUAUAUCAGAAUGUUUGCGAGUUAGAGAAUAAUGUAUUUCCAAAAAGAAUGUGUGUGCUUGCUUAAAAAUGUCAGUCAUCUGACAUAAAGAAGCUCACUCACAACAGGUUAAGUAGUAUUUUGGAAUGCUGUAAACUAAAUGAAACAAUCUACCAAAACACACAGUACUUUGUACUCUUUAUGCACAUAAUGUAGCAUGAAAUCAUGAUGCUUUUAAAAUAUUCUGUGCAGAAAUAUUUAUUUUUUAGCAAAUAUUUUCUUCAAAGAUUGUUAUGUGGUAUUGACAGUGUAAUCUACUUGCACAUCUAGUUUUGCAAUAACAUACAAAUAACUGUAAAUAAGUAAAAUGUAAAUUUCAUGUACAAAUGGUUGCAAAUUUUUGGUAGCUAAAAGUGUACAAGUUGUAUUGAAAAUAUACUAUAUAUAAUUUAAAAAUGAAUCAUAUACUUUAUGAUCUAUUUAUACAUGAAAAAUUCAAUAAUUUGUAAAAGAAAUUAUUUUGGGGAAAAAGAAAGUAAAUAUCAUUAGCUAGGAUACUUUUACUAGAGAAGCCAACUAUUUCCAACACUUUAUUAGGCACAGUAUUAGAUAUAAGCAUGGUGGUGCUGACGUAUUUUACAAAAUCACAUAAUUGUAACAGUGCUAAAAUUUUACUGAGUUCCACAGGGACACUAGUAAGUCAGACUGCAUAGUAAGAAGAAUCUAAUCUGAAAUGAGAGAAAUUUAAAAGCACUUUAGUUACUGCCCCUCAAGACCGCAGUAGUAAUUGGCUAAAACAUUUAUGUUUACAUAGAAUUUUUGAUGUCUAAACAGGCCUUAUGUGUAACAUAACUUUUUCAUAGUGAGGAUGAAUGUAUGCAAAUAAUAUUUUUUAAGUUUAAUAUGUUCUUAAUAUCUCCACUAGUUGCUUCUCUAUUAUAAAGCAAAAAUCCAAUGAUCUUCAAAAAAUGAACCUUGUAAAUAAAGUUUGCUGGCCUUUAUGAGGCAUAUAAUAAGCUAAGGACAGUUUAUUUUUUUAUUUAAAAUUCCCCAGUUUAUUUCUAAUAUUAAAAAAACCACAGCAGAACAUUUCCCUAUGUGAUACAUGAAAAAAAGAAAGCAAAUACAGAAAGCAGAAAAUACUCAAUUUUAUAACUGAAUGAAACUGAUGAAAAAAUGAGAAUCUAACUAUAAAAGGGCCAAAUAGUUUUAAAUUAUCCAUCAGAGAAAUUAUUUCCUAGAAUGGAAUAAAUUAUAUCCUAUAAUGGAAUAAAUUAUUUAGAUAGCUGGGAAAAAUUAAAUAUGUGCUUAAACGUUUAAUAAAUCCUAAGACCAUUUUCAAGCGGCCCACAAUUUUGAAAAAAAAACAUGGUUCUUCAGUUCCAUAAACAUUCAUACUAGCACUGUUCAGGUCAUCCUUUGAAACUUCAGUAGUCAUAGCAGAACAAAAUGUGAUUAGCUCGUAGCCAACUAGAAUGCAGAUGAUUGUGUGCAUGGCCUGUACAUACUCAUAUUUUUAUUCUUAAGGGAAAAGGUGGAGUUUCCCCACACAUAUCAGAACUGGAAACUAAAAACUCAUGGCAUACAUAUCACAGAAAAGUAGUUAUUAAACGAUGACUUCUUUCUUCAUACCCAUAAGCUUUCCAAAUUGUCACCAUAUCUUGAUGUUACAGAAUGGGUACACUUGAAAACAUAUAUAGCACAUAGGAAAAUCCUAUGCAUUUUCCAGCCGUAUGCUAAUUCAGUGAUGGUACUCAGAAACAGAGAGGAAAAUCUGAGUUUUGAAUGCUCGCAAAUAAAAACACAAAACAGUAUAUUACCACACUACUUGGAAAAAAAAGAAAUAUUAAAUAUAUAAGGCUCUUUCUUUACAUGACAGAAAAAUAACGUUUAACAACAAGUAGAAAGAAAUAUGGCAGGAAACAAAAGCACAGAUUUUUCAGCACUUAAGAUAAUGAACUGAUAGCAAGAAAGACAUUUCCUAAUUUUUUCAGUGUUCUGCUGGCAAGUAGUUUUAUGCUAAGUAUUUUAAAAUACAAGAAAUUUUAAAUUUUAAAUUUGCAUGUGAUGUUUUAGUGUUACUCUUACCAUAAAGUGUCAAAAAUAUUCAUUUAAAAUCUUGUCUAUUUUCAUCACUAACAGGAAGUUCUAGACAUUUUCAUUUGUAUCAUCUAAUAUUGCAUAUACACCUAAGUAUAUUCAUAGAUGAUACCUGAGCAUUAUGCACUGAUUCAAGUGAUUAAUUCACUAUUCAAUGAUUACAUUGAGACAAAAGUGAGGUUUUUUUAAAUGAAAGUUUCCAAGUAAUAAAACAUUCAUGGUUGUAUUUUAAAGUUUAAGGGAAAGAAUAUGAAAAAGUCUUGCAUUUUAUUCAACUGACUUAAUUUACCAGAUUUUAAUAAAUUUAUCCCCAAAUUUGCCAGAAAAUUAUUAAAAAUAAAAAAGAAAACAUACCAUGUAUGAAUGAAAGGACAAAGAAAAGCACAUUUUCAACAAAUAAUGUUUAUUUUGGUUGUGCAAUUUAGUAAUGUUAUAAGAUUGCAAGUGAACUUGAUAUGUGUAUUUGAAUUAAAGAAAUAAUCUCAAAUUGAGUUUUUGUUAUUUUUUCAAUUGCACAGAGUUUAAAAUACAAUAAAUUCUACUUUCUUCCAGGGUAAAUGAUUUUUUUUCAGAAAUUUAUAUAAAACUUCACUGCAUUCUUUGUUACUUUUUUUCUUCCUGGAUGCAUGCUUAUAUUGAUUAAAUAAGCACAGUCCCUGAAAUUACAUUUAAAGUGGAUCAAAUUAAUAUUCUUAUAAUAAUGACUUCCCCUUUAUGUAAUUCAAAGUAUAUAAGCUACCACUCAAAAUAGAAGCGCAAUAAUUCAUGGCAGUCUUUUAGAUAUAGGUGAAUUAAUGCACUGUUGUUUAGACUGAAGCAUCUCAUAUCAUAUAUGUAAUGAAUUUUGUAUUAUAUAAAACUUUACAGCAAGCUAUUUGAAUGUUUAUUUAAAAUUCUCAAAAUGACAUGGAAACAUGUUUAUUGUAUAAAUAAAAGCACUUAUACAUUGA